AUGUAAAUAACUUAAGAAUUUGAUUUUUUUGUUAUAGGUGGUGGUUCUGGAGGAUUGGCAGCUGCUAAAUAAGCUGCAAUUUAUGGAGCUAGAGUAGGUCUAGCUGAUUUUGUGAAACCUUCUCCUUAAGGAACAAAAUGGGGUUUAGGUGGGACUUGUGUAAAUGUAGGAUGUAUUCCAAAGAAGUUAAUGCAUUUUGCAGCUUUGGCAGGAGAGUUAAGAAAAGAUUAAGUUGAGGCAGGGUAAUAAAAUGAAUAUUAAUUUAGAUGGAUACAUACUAAUCUAUAAGGGAAGCAUGACUGGAUAAAAAUGACAGAGAAUGUUUAAAAUCAUAUAAAAAAGCUUAAUUUUUAAUACAAAAAUUAAUUGAACAAAAAAGAAGUGAAAUAUUAUAACAAGCUAGCAGAAUUAGAAAAAUCCAAUAUUGUUAAAGUAUAGAUAUAUUUUUCUAUUAUAUAGUUGAUAGAUAAAGAAGGAGGAAUAGAAUAUGUGAAAUCUAAAUUUAUAUUGAUAGCAGUAGGUGGGAGGCCUACUUAUCCAGAAAAUAUUCCUGAAAUAGAAAAAAAGGUAAUUACAUCAGAUGAUUUAUUUUGGUUACCUAAUAGUCCAGGUAAAACUCUAAUAGUUGGUGCUUCCUAUGUAGCACUUGAAUGUGGAGGUUUCCUAAAUGGUUUAGGUUAUGAUACUUCGAUAAUGGUUAGAAGUAUUUUAUUAAGAGGAUUUGAUUAAUAAAUAGCUAGUAAGAUUGAAGAUUAUAUGUUGGAAAGUGGAGUAAAAUUUAUAAAGGAAGCAAUUCCAAUAAAUAUAGAAUUAAAUGAAAAUAAUAAAAAAUUAGUAACUUGGACUUAAAAAGGUGUUUAACAUAGUGAAAUAUUUGAUACUGUUCUUGUGGCAACUGGAAGAAAAAGUGAUACUAAUAAAUUGAAUUUAGAAAAGAUAGGGAUUAAAAUUAAUAAAAAUGGAAAAAUUAUUUGUACUAUUGAUGAUAGAACAUCUAUUCCUAAUAUUUAUGCUAUUGGUGAUUGCGUUGAAGGUAGACCUGAACUUACACCGACAGCUAUUAAAUGUGGAUAAUUAUUGGCUAAUAGAUUAUUUGGUGGAUAAAAAAAAAUGAUGUGUUAUUAAUUUGUUCCUACAACAAUUUAUACUCCACUUGAAUAUGGUUGUAUUGGAUAUUCAGAAGAAGAGGCUAUUAAUAAAUUUACUCAAAAUGAAAUUAUUAUUUAUCAUUCAAUCUUUAAGCCUUUAGAAUGGAAUUUAUUAGAUUCUCAUUAUGCUUAAGCUUGUAUGAUUAAAUUAAUUAUAAUGAAAUAAACAAGAAGAAUUAUUGGAUUACAUUACUUAGGACCUAAUGCAGGUGAAAUAGUUUAAGGUUAUGCAAUAGCUAUUAAACUUGGAGCAACAAAAGAAUAAUUUGAUGCUACCAUUGGUAUUCAUCCAACUUGUUCAGAAGUAUUUAUUAUAUCAUUAUUUUAGGAAAUCUUAACUCUUUCAGCAAUUAAGGGUAUUGAUAAUCCAUAAAAAGAGGGUUGCUGAGGUUGAGAUCCCUAGCUUUAAACAGAGCUAGGGUUAAUCAAUUUAAUAACCUAAACUCUAUCUUACAUUGAAGUGUUUUGAUUCACUAAUCAGACUAACGAAC